AUGGCGGAGACUUUCGCAUUCAACGCGGACAUCCAGCAGCUGAUGAGCUUGAUCAUCAACACCUUCUACUCCAACAAGGAGAUCUUCCUGCGUGAGCUCAUCUCCAAUGCCUCGGAUGCUUUGGACAAGAUCCGCUACGAAUCGAUCACUGAUCCAGACAAGAUCGAGGCGCAGCCCAACUUCUUCAUCAAAAUCAUCCCGGACAAGACCAAUUCGACUUUGACCAUCGAAGACUCCGGCAUCGGCAUGACCAAGAACGAGUUGAUCAACAACCUCGGGACGAUUGCCAAGUCCGGCACCAAAGCCUUCAUGGAGGCCAUGGCAGCCGGCGGCGACAUCUCCAUGAUCGGCCAGUUCGGCGUCGGCUUCUACAGCGCGUACCUCGUCUCGGACAAGGUCCGCGUCGUCAGCAAGCACAACGACGACGAGCAGUACAUCUGGGAGAGCGGCGCCGGCGGAUCCUUCACUGUUCAGAAGGACACUGAGCUGGUGCACGGCGAGAUCAAGCGUGGCACCAAGAUUAUUUGCUACCUCAAGGAAGACCAGUCCGAGUUCCUGGAG